ACAUAUGUUGUGGUUCUGGUGGUCCUGCACGAAACGGGCAUUAUUCUUCUGCUGGCGAAUUAUAUAAGACGAUACCACCAACAACACCUGAAGAUUGUUGUAGAGCAUGUUAUAAAGAUUCUAUAUGUGAUAGUUAUGAAUUCAUCAUUGCUGUUGAUUAUGAUGGUAAUGUUGCUAAGGCAGUUUGUAAUUUCUAUAAGGGAAGCGAUUGCAAUCUAGGUUGGGUUACCUCCACUGAUGCUGUUGAAUAUGGAGUUGUAAAUUGUGGUUUUUUUUGUACUGAUCUCACAGAAACAAUUUCUCCUAUUAGAAAUGAUAAAUUUCUUGAAGGAGAUUUCAAACCAAUAUUAAGUGAUAUCAAACCACCAAUAUUUGCUGAACUAAUAAACAAAAAAUAA